UCAUGUAUUGCAUCCGGAACCAAAGACAAUUCAAAAAGUAUAAAAGAGGAUGAGUUGAGUUCUGUCGACAAAGACCUCUCAGAUUCUAAGACGAUGGAGUCCCUCGGCGUCCUUGUACUUUUGGCGGUAGCCUGUUUACUGCCGUCCGUCGUCCUGGCUCACGGUCGUCUUGUCCGGCCCCCGUCAAGGAGCUCCAUGUGGCGGUACGGGUUUCCUACGCCUGAGAACACGGGGGACAUGCAACUGUUUUGCGGAGGAAAAUGGAAUCAAUGGGGCCGUAACGGAGGAAAGUGCGGUGUGUGUGGGGACCCUUACCAACAGAAACCACGUGAAAACGAGGCGGGUGGAAAAUACGCCACGGGCAUAAUUUCCAGAUGUUAUCCUUAUAACUCGUCCGGUCAAACACUGACCAUUAAGGUAGAAUUAACAGCCAAUCACCUGGGUUAUUUCGAGUUCAGACUGUGUGAACAUAACGACACAAGUACUCCGAUAUCACAGUCCUGUUUAGAUGAGAACCUUCUGAGAUUUCCGGACAACACCACGAGAUAUAACGUCCGAGAAGGUGUCUACGGUGUGAUCAAUCUUCAGCUGCAACUUCCAGCUACAGUUCUGUGUACUCAGUGUGUGCUGCAAUGGAAGUACAAUACAGGUAGAAGUUGGGGCUGUGACGGAAGCGGAUGUGGAAUUGGUCGCGGUGCGCAGGAGCAGUUUUACGGAUGUGCAGAUAUCGCCAUUCUUAGAAGCUGCGAACACUUUAACUGACCAGAGAUAUUCAUCAUUGUGUAAUUCUAUUUCCUAUCAUUACUUUUUUUUUGUACAGGAACAUAUCUUUGUUAUUUGUGUGUAUUCAUUAUAUCAAUUUGUUUAAUACCUCAGUGAAAAUUUUAAACAUUAUUAAUAGCAAGCAUUCCAAUGCAGUUGCAUAUUUUUUUACCAAGUCUACCUGGUAGACGUUUGUAGCAAGAAUUUCGGAAGUUGGAAUAUUCAUUUAAAAAUGUAUGAAAAGCAUCCGGGAACUGUAUUGAGUUAUUAUUAUUAUUAUUAUUAUUUAUCAACCCCAGUACGAACUGAAAUGAUAAAGACUCCAUCCUCAGACGCCCCCAGACGUUGGUUUUCAGUGUGCAGUGGUGUUAUGUUAUUUCCUGAUAUGUAAAUGUCAUCUCAUUUAUAAUUCGUAAAUGUACAUUGUAUAGUCGUUACUUAGAAAUAGCGGGGAAUUCAAAUUGUUUUAACUGGUUAUGUUAGAAAAAUGAUCUUUAAAUAUAUUCCCAAGGAUACCAUACCUACUUCAAGAAUUACAUUACUUUAAAUUUAAGAUUGUCACGUCAAACUGAUUGAGAUUCACUUGGUUUGGCGAAGAAGCAAUUCAACUCAUUUUUGACUAUUUCAUUACAGGUCACUGCAUUGGAUUGUUGAUUUUAUAACUUGUUUUAAUUUCUUUAUUUUCACAAAUGUAACCCUUUGUCUUUGAAAAUUACUUUGUCCCAGAUGCCUUUGUGGUAUAUUCCUUGCUUUUAUUGAUAUACUUCUUCUCUAUAUGAAUUAAAUGUGUAUCAUCAGCGAACAUUUUGAUUUUAUACUCUAUGGGUUGAUCACAGUUUGGCAUCUGUAUGCCCUCUGUCGUUGGACGUUGCGUAAUAGCGCAUGCUAAAGGUUUAAUUUGAAGAAAAUACAUGUAUAGGAAGGGUGCAAUAGGACGCCCUUGUCUUACUAACAUCGUCAAUAUUGUAAAACACUGUCACCAAUAACCGUUUGUCUGGAUACAAAUCCUGGCUUAAUAUGGAAAACAUUCAUCUGCGAUUAUCUGAAAUGUCAGUCUUGAUUAUAAAACACGUGAUUUGCUUACUGGUAAACAAUUGGAGUAUACCAUGAAUCAUACAAAGCUUUAUCCAUGGUAAUUUGUUUUAUCCAUCUAGUUUAUAUGUUUCAGAAUUACAGGGAAUGGAAAUCACUUCGCUGUAUGUGUGAAUUCAUUAUAAGCAUGUUCAUUGUAACCUUGAUAUCCUGUACAGAGUGAUGGGCUUUGAAAUGAUCACUUCCUGUUCCCAUGUUCAAUAUAUCACACACUUUGUAGAGCAUCAACAGAUGAAUAGUGUAAACAAAUACCACUGGAACUAUAUCAAGUGGUAUUAAUUUGUACUAACAGAAACUUGGUAUUUAUUUGUACUAACAGAAACUUGGUACUUAUUUGUACUAACUAGUCCUGUUAGUGUUAUCCAGAGAUGUGUACCUGCGCCGCAAAGCUUUUGGUAUUCUAUAUUUAGAAAAUAUCAAGUCUCUGAUAAUCUCUUUAAAUUUCAUUCAACAUCUGUAAAUAUUUCAUUCUAAUAAACUGAUAUUACAUAAUACUUAGUGUUUUCAUCCACUAGCUCUUCCUGGAAGGUUGUGGACCGGUCAGUGACCAACUGACCGGAAAACUUGGAAGGAUUAACAAUUACCGUAAUCGAUAGAAAAAAUGAACUAAAAUUUUAUCUGAAAAAAAAUUUAUUUUUGUAAAAAGAUCUGGUAACAUCAGUCAUGCAAUAAUAUGUUACAGUGAAAGUUUUUAUCGUGCAAAAUUUGGUUGUGAAGUCUUGUGGAGAGUUAAAACAGAAAUGUACAGCCAAGAAAAUAAUUUUUAAUACAAAAUAUGCCAGAUCUUAGAACUACAACAUGUCUAAAAAUUAACACUACAUGGAAUGUUUUUCUACAAAGCAAUAUAUAUACACGUGUCCAAACAUACAGAGAUUCACGGACUUACAAAAUUAAUCUAAAAACGUCUAUAUUAUGACAGAAUCUUCACGAGACGCCUGCUCUUCUGGGACUCUUUGUGCAGUUUGGGUGGAAUUUUGCUCUUUAAAACAGGCUGGACAUUUUGUGGUUCGCAAACCCAAACUUUUCAUAGGGAUCCAUGUCAAUCU